UACGACAGUAGAAACGGAUGAUGAUUCGGCUGUCACGAGAUUCAAAACAUUCGCUAUGAAUCAUUUUUUGUCGUAUUGGACGCCGUCAAAUAAGACAGUGGCUGGGGAAUAUCUUGCUUUUACCUCGAUUUCUACUUUUGCACAACGGGAUUUAAACAAAGCACCCACUAGAAAACCUGUGUGUGCGUCUUUGGUGUCUAUAUUACGGCCGUAAACCACACGCAGCAUGGCCGCUUCCUGAUGUCGGUAAAACGUUGUCUUACUUAAGGGACUUUGUUAUUCCCUUAAAAAAACGGCGGAAACCACAACCAUUCUCUGAAUUUUGGCAAAGAAACUGUACGCAGUUCAAGAAAACUGUACGUAGUUCAAGGUGAUGAUUUUUAGGGGUUGUCAUAACCGCAAUCUGACAAUGCAUUCGUUCUUGUUAGCAUCGUCCAUGUUGAGACAAAAGUUUCCCACCUUGGAGAGCUUCCUAUGGCGAGUCUCCAGACGUGCCAGUCACCUUGCCAGACAGCAGUAUGACGUGAUCGUGGUGGGCGGGGGUCACGCAGGUACCGAGGCUGCUGCUGCGGCAUCCCGAGUCGGAGCACAGACACUGCUGGUCACACAGAAAGUUCACACCAUCGGUGCGCUGUCGUGCAACCCCUCUCUGGGUGGAGUGGGGAAGGGUCACCUGGUGAAGGAGGUGGACGCUUUGGAUGGCGUGUGCGGUCGAGCGGGAGACUGGGCUGGCAUCCAUUUUUCUAUCUUGAAUCGCAGGAAGGGUCCCGCUGUGUGGGGACCCCGGGCUCAGUUGGACCGCCAACGCUACCGCCAAUUCAUUCAGUCCGAGCUGCUGUCCACUCCCAGAUUGACGGUGCUGGAGGGAUCAGUGGAGGAGCUUCUUGUUACAGAAUCUAACCCAGAAGAGCCUGGAUGCCACAGAGUCACUGGGAUACGUUUAGGUGCAAGCCUCCCAAUUUCCGCCCACUCUGUGGUUCUUACCACGGGUACUUUCCUGUCCGGCUCCCUCUUCAUGGGUCAGAACACAUCCCCGGGGGGACGGAUCGGAGAUGCACCGUCCAGCGCCGGAAUGUCCCACACGUUGAGGGAGCGCCUGGGGUUGAAGAUGGGUCGACUCAGGACGGGCACCCCUCCUAGAAUAGUCAAGGCUUCGGUGGAUUUUGACCAGGCUACGCUACACCCGCCCGACAGUCAACCGAGUCCUUUCAGCUUCCUCAAUAGCCACACUCACUGCAAGGCCGAGGAGCAGCUGCCGUGCUACUUGACCUAUACCACUCCCGGUGUGGAUAAAGUGGUGAAAGAGAGUCUUCAUCUCAAUUGUCACAUACAGCAGGACACAAAGGGCCCCAGGUACUGCCCUUCAAUUGAGUCCCGAGUACUUCGCUUCCCGGGGAGGCAACAUCAGGUCUGGUUGGAGCCCGAGGGGCUGACUUCUGACCUGGUGUACCCGCAGGGUCUCUCCAUGACAAUGCCCCCCGACAUGCAGCUGCAACUCAUCAGAGAGAUCCCGGCCCUGCACACGGCUGAAAUCCACACACCCGGUACGUGCGACCCUAAGCAUGUUUUUAAAAAAAAGAAAGAAAGGAAAAGUCAAACAUGUAAAUUGAGGUCUAUUUUUCUUUGCGUGUUAGGCUACGGCGUGCAGUAUGACUUUGUGUGCCCGACUCAGCUGAGCCCUGCGCUGCAAGUGAAAAGCACCCAAGGUCUUUUCCUGGCCGGGCAGAUUAACGGGACCACGGGGUACGAGGAGGCAGCUGCGCAGGGCUUGUGGGCGGGGGUCAACGCAGCCCGCGCGGCACUCUGCAUGCCCACAAUGGCGCUGUCUCGUACCGAGAGCUACAUCGGCGUUCUGAUUGAUGACCUCGUGACACGAGGCGUGACGGAACCUUACCGCAUGUUCACCAGUCGGGCGGAGUUUCGAACGUCACUCAGGCCGGACAAUGCGGAUCUGCGACUCACCCUCAAAGGCUUUGCGGAGGUGGGGUGCGUGUCCUCCCGCCGCUACCAGCAGACCGUAAGAGUGAGAGACCGUCUCCAGGAUGCGCUUGCAGCUCUUCGGGAUGUCUCUCUGUCCGCCACAACAUGGAGACACAAAUUGCCUGGCGUGCACAUCAGCGAGAUGAAGGCCGCCAAUCCGACUGGCUUGGAGAUGCUUCAGUACAACGACGCCACCUUUGAAAUGUUGGUCUCGGUUUUCCCGGAACGCCUUUCACCCUACACGGAAUUCUCGCAACGGCUGAAGAUAGAAGGUGCUGUGUACAGGCCUCACUGCGUCCUCCAGCAGAAGGAGAUUGAGAGAAUUCAAAAAGAGGAGAGCAUGUCUCUCCCACAGGAUUUGGACUAUUUGUCCCUACCAGUCUCUCUGUCACAAGAGGUCCGGGAAAUUUUGGACAGAGUUCGGCCCAGCACGCUUGGUGCUGCUACGCGUUUGCAAGGAGUAACGCCAGCUGCAAUUGUCCAUCUUUUCAACUAUGUCCUUCAUUCGGGGAAGAAGGAGAAAAGUACGCACAGGAGCUAACCCGAGGAAAAGGAGAGUCUACGGAAGGAGAUGUGUACCCGCCCCCCAAAAAAUAAAUACACCUACACCCCAAAUGCUGUUACUAAAAAUGUACAAAAUCUGGUUCAAUAAAGAAAUGCCAUGUCA